AUGAGCCACAGCUCGACGCGCGUACGUCUACGGCUACUGCUGGCGCUACUAUUCGCUCUCGCAGUAGCCUCCAUCCACGCCAUGGACCCCAGUAAAGACUAUUACAAAGUACUGGGCGUGAGCAAGCAGUUCUCAGACCGCGAGCUCAAGAAGGCGUACCGUCAAUUAGCGCUCCAAUACCACCCCGACAAGGCAGAGAACGCCGAAGAUAAAGAAGCAGCCAAAGAAAAAUUCGUCGAGGUCUCAGAGGCCUACGAAGUAUUAUCCGAUCCAGACAAGCGCAAAGAAUACGACGACGCCAGACGUUUCGGAGGAGGUACAAGCGGCGGAUUCCCCGGUGGAUUCGGAGGCCAGGGAGGUAGAAGACGCUCCACGGACGAGAACAUGGCGUCGUUCACCAAGAUGUUCGAGAGCGUCUUUGGUCACGGAUUCGGAGGAGCAGGAGGCUUUUCAGGUGGUGCAGGUGGAUUUGGUGGAGGAUUUCCCGGUGGAGCGGGCUUUGGCGGACGUGGGAUGCCCAAUGAGUUCCAGUUUGAUGGUAUGGACGGCUUUGGGCAUGCUAAGCGUCCAGGAGCUCGUGGUCAGCCUCAGGCGAGACACCCCACGACGUUGUAUGGACCCGAGUCGCCUGUAAAGUCGCUGUCGAAGAAGAAAUUCCCCGGCAAAGACAAGAAAUAUGCAGACUAUGUUGAUUUGUAUUUCACGAAAGCACGGAUGUGGCAGUAUGUGACUAAAUAG